AUGAACGGUGGUAAUUACAUAAAAGAAGGUAUCGAUCCUGCCAAAAGUACCUGUUUGAUAUUUUCACCCAAAGAAGAUGAAGUCGGAGCACUCGCAAAAGCGCUUAAAAUGUUCGAAAAACAAAAAGUCAAUUUAUUACACAUAGAAUCGAGAUCGUCAUCGAGAUUUACCAAUCAAUAUGAAUUCAUGGUUGAAUGCGCACCCGGUGGAAAUUUAAGCGCCGCCAUUGAAACCCUACGACAACAUUGUUCUUAUUUCAGCAUAAUAUCGAGAAAUCACAAAGACAAUCAGGAUACCGUACCGUGGUUUCCGAGGAGGAUUCGCGACCUUGAUAAAUUCGCCAAUCAGAUAUUAUCAUACGGUUCGGAAUUGGAUUCGGAUCAUCCCGGUUUUACGGAUCCCGUUUACAGAGCCAGAAGAAAAUAUUUUGCCGACAUCGCAUACAAUUACAAACAUGGUGAACCUUUGCCGAGAGUCGAUUACACGGAAGAAGAAACCAAAACGUGGGGUACCGUGUUUAAAGAACUCGUCAAACUAUACCCUACUCACGCCUGUCGGGAAUACAAUCACGUUUUCCCACUGCUCAUCGAAAAUUGCGGUUACAGAGAGGAUAACAUUCCGCAACUUGAAGACAUAUCGAAAUUUUUAAAAGAUAGCACGGGUUUCACGUUGAGACCGGUCGCGGGACUUCUCGCAUCCAGAGAUUUCUUAGCUGGUUUGGCAUUCCGAGUUUUUCAUUCUACGCAAUACAUAAGACAUCACAGUUGUCCGCUUUACACUCCGGAACCGGAUGUUUGUCACGAAUUAUUGGGUCACGUGCCAUUAUUUGCAGAUCCGGCAUUUGCACAAUUUUCACAAGAAAUCGGUCUCGCAUCUCUCGGAGCACCGGAUGAUUAUGUUGAAAAACUUGCGACGUGUUAUUGGUUCACCGUUGAAUUCGGUUUGUGUUCACAAGAUGGACACUUGAAAGCAUACGGUGCCGGUCUUUUAUCAUCGUUUGGUGAAUUGCAAUAUUGUUUAUCUGAUAAACCCCAAUUGAAACCUUUCGAACCUACGAUCACGGCCGAACAAAGUUAUCCGAUAACCGAAUAUCAACCCCUCUACUUCGUGGCGGAAAGUUUUGAAAACGCUAAAGAAAAAAUUAUAAAAUACGCGCAAACCAUUCCGAGACCUUUCGGUGUCAGGUACAACCCAUACACGGAAACGGUCGACAUAUUGGAUUCUAAACCACAACUGCAAGAACUCGUUAGAAAAAUUAGUUUAGAAAUGCAAAUCCUAACGGAUGCUUUGAGGAAAUUGUAA